AUGCUUGAACCUGCCAAGAGGCACCAUCACAAUUGGACGCACAAAAGCCCAGACAAGCGUGUUGUAUAUCUGCUGAAGCAUCAUCCUCUGCUCGAUACGCACGUCGACUUGCCUGAACUUGCUCGUUGGCAGUUUCACAAUAAGAUCGAAGGGCCUGACUUUGCCUUCGAUAAGGAAGGCUUCUUUGGACAUCUUGACAUUCCCCGUAUACGCCAAGGUGGUGCCUCUGGUUUUAUCUGGUCAGUCUUUACGGAAUGCCCCAAAGACUGGAACGACACAAGCGCUGUUGGGACCAUGACGCAAGCACGAUCGACAUUGCAACAGAUUGAUGUAGCAAAACGCAUUGUCGCCAAAUAUCCCAAAGAUCUCUCGCUUGCAACUGACGUCAAGAGCUUCCGUACACAAGCCAAGAAGGGCAAGAUUUCAGGCUUCCUUGGUGUUGAGGGUCUUCAUCAAAUCGGCAACUCGCCAGCGGCUCUGCGGCUCUAUCACGAGCUUGGUGUACGCUAUGUCACGCUCACGCACAUGUGCCACAACAAGUAUGCAGACAGUGCAAGCGUUCCUGCAGAUUUUGGCGGUCUCAGUCGUGAUGGGCGCUUUAUUGUGCAAGAGAUGAAUCGCAUUGGGCUCAUGGUCGACCUGUCGCACGUCAGUGAUGACACCAUGCGUCAAGCACUCGAGCUGAGUCGAGCACCAGUCAUCUUCUCGCAUUCAGGUGCACAAGGUGUCUUCAAGCACGAGCGGAAUGCACCAGACGAUGUGCUCGACUUGCUCAAAAAGAACGACGGUGUCAUCAAUAUCGUCUUUAUGCAAGAAUAUUUAGGCCCAGAUGGGCGGCAAGUGACGAUCGACACUGUGGUUGACCACGUCUUGUACGUUGCCGAGCGGAUCGGAUGGCGACAUGUUGGUAUUGGCAGCGACUUUGACGGUGUUGAACAUCUUCCUCAGGGCCUUGAAUCUGUGGCUCAGUACCCGGCUCUCAUCAAGCGUAUCAUUGAGCGCUCAAAUGCAACAGAUGCACAGCUUGCUGGAUUCGUGGGUGGCAAUACGUUGCGUGUGCUCGAGCAGGUUGAGCGCGUUGCUGCUAAGAUGCAGCGAGAGGGCUUCGUUGUCUAUGAGGUGGAUGAGAUAGUGGACUAG